CGGCUAACCACUCUUUCACACCGGAUUUGUAUCAGCAUUGACGCCUCUGUGGUCAUUCAACGCAACAUCAGUGCUGCGUGUUCUAUACGGUGCUCAUUAUCGCUGCGCUUUGGAAAAAAACAUCAACAAUGCAUCAAGCUGUCAUUCUGUAUUGCAUAUGGAUUGUUGUAAUAAUAGCCUCGUUUAUCCCUAAGGUCACUUUUGCUCAAUAUGGAGGAUACGGCGGUUUCGGUGGAUAUGGUGGCUACGGAGGAUACGGAUUGGGAGGAUUUGGUUUUCCUUUGGGAGGUUAUGGUUUGGGUUUAGGAGGACUUUAUGGCGGAUUGGGAUAUCCCGGUUUUGGAUUUGGAGGCUAUCCAGGGUUUGGACUGGGUGGCCUUGGUUAUGGGUUUGGAUUCGGUGGUCUGGGUGGAAUCUACGGCUGAUGACUCAAGAAACUAUUUGUUAAAACUUUGUUUCCUCACCGACCCGACUAUCACCAAAAACUGCAAAAAAUGCUAAGGUCACAAAACGAAAACCGGGAAGCGUCUUGUCGACAUGUAGUUUUAUUUAGCUGCCAAUGGACACCAAGGAUAAUCAGUGUAAAAUGCUUUAGCUAACAUUUUCGUGUGGUCCAGGUUGUUUCUUGUGUAUGUAAGUACUUCUAUAGUUAGUCCAUUCCUUCGGUUCUGAUGCAUACGCGCGCUUGCUUAUGACAGAAACGUGUACAUACUAUGUAAUGAAUGUCAACAUUUCUUUAAAAAAUACUGUAGUUUGGAACCAUUCGUAGUUUGUAGCACCAAAAACUGUAAUCAAAAGUAUCAUCCUAUUACGUAUUUAUAUCUAUUUUGUACGUCUGCGUAAUGAUAAUCACAAUCAGUUGCUGAAGAGUGGAGAUUUUUAAUUUUGAAGAAUUGACAGGUGUUACAAUUACAGAAGCAACUGCAAGAGGAAUCUAAAAAAACAAGCGCCAUUUUCUGUUUGUUUCAGUUAGUUACAGUUCUGUCGAGUUAUAGAUCAAUACAUAGAUCAGUACAGUAUAAAUGAAAUAAUUUGAUAUAAUAUUAGUCUAAAUAAAAUUAUUUGAUAUUAGUGGCGGUUUAAACUAAUUGUUUUUCAGCGGCAUGAAGUUCAAAUCAAAAGCUAAAGUUAGAUGACAAUUUUUUGACCGUCCUGCAUACUUAUCUACUGUGUAUUAACCCUAUGUAAGAAUUUCAUGACUAACAAGCUUGUGGAAGCGCUAAUGUACCGCAUACUGUAUUGUUUACACCGGUGCAUCAAAGUUGCCUUUGUUCUUCGUUUUGCUAGUUAUGCUUAUAUUUGUAUUUAAUAAAGUACUGCGAUU